CUCUUGUUCAUUUUUUCUGACAUUGCUCAAGUCCAUCGAGAAGGUGGCGGACAGAAGGAUGCUGGUCAAACUAACAUCCAUCACGGAGAACCCCUCCCACCCCCUGCACCGCACUGUAGACGCUCUGAACAGCUCCUUCAGCACUAGACUGUUACAACCCCCAUUGCAGGAAAGAGCACUACCGCAGAUCAUUCCUCCCCACAGCCAUCAGAUUGUACAUACAUCACUGCAGUGAUACACAUUGUGUAACUACAUCUUGUAUUUUUUUCGUUGUUGUGCAGUGUCUCGGGUCUUCACCAUCCAUGUGUCAUUUGUUUGCCACUGUGAAUAUGUAAAUAUGUUUUGCUCAAUGCCUCAGUUUUUUGCACAAAUAUUAUGUUGUUUUGUUUCCCUUCCUGUAUCCUAUAAACUGUCACACUGCUACUAAAAACACUAGAAUUUCCCCAGUGUGGGAUUAAUAAGUCGCAAGAAAGUCGUAUUAUUAUUUUUAAAUUUAAAUGUUUGUUCCAAAAGGCAGUCAGAAAUCUGUGGGUAACUUUUGACAGGAGAUAAAAAAAUUCAAAUAUCUGUUUUCUAGGCUAGGGUUUUCCUGCUUGACCUCAAAGCAGAGGUUAAGCCCUUUCUGAGUCACAGUGACCUAGAAACCACAAUUAAUAGUUUUAUUAUUUUACUAUAACAUGGGAGUUAAUCAAGCCCCUCCUGACUCAGCUGCUAGAUUAAUGACUAGGACCCAUGAACGUGAACACGUCACUCGUUUCAUAUCUACAUGUGACCUUACAUAGGCUCCAACAUAAGGUUCUGCUCUGGUCCCACAGUCGAGGUCUGAGCAGCGAGGUGAUGAUUCCUUUGCAGUGGCAGGUCCCAAACUCUCUGUGAUGGACACAACGCUCUGUCUGUUCAUUCAUCCGUUUGUUUGACCAGCCUACAUGUUGUUAAAGUUCUAGAUAAAUAAAGGUUGACACUCUUUAGGAAAGCUGUCAGGAGAGACAGGACAGAUUAUAAACUCAGAGAUGUGAACAAGCAACUGAAAAUUUAUGGGACUCCUGUCUUUGCUUCUUUCCCAUCAGUGCAGCUGUUCACAGCGUAAUGAACAGCAUAUCGAAGUAAAUUAUGCACACAAAACAUAUACAGAAAUCUCUUCUCUCCCCCUCUAUUCAAAAUGAAGAUUUUUAACAUGCAGAGGCCCUUUUACUUUUUUUGUCUGUGUUUGGAAUUUGCCACACACCCAACGAAAAAAAGUCACAUACGCUCUAAAUGCUUCAAACCUGUGUGGUCCAAAUAUAGAAUCAGACAGUAAACACCUGGUCCUCACAGGCCAUCUGCAGACCUGGAUAAUCCCAGUUAGUAGAUUAGAGACAGAGAGAGACAGAGGAAGAAACGUAGCAAUACACUGGCAGCGCUUCUGAAGUUGGGCUUGGGUUGGCUGUUGGUUGCAAAAGAAAUUUGACUUUGAAGAUGCCUAUGAUUUUUUAGUCUAUAAAAAAGUUUUGGCCAUUUUUGUGAACAAGCCUUUUUUACUGUGAAGAUAAGAUAAAUGACUGGACUUUCAUUCUGGAUGUGCUUGAUUUUGGUUUUCUUUCAACUACUGGAGAACCUUUGUAAAGAAAAAAAUUGUAAAGUUGUGUAGGUUUGUGAUUUUUAAUUUUAUUGUGAAACGCUUAUGUGAAGAAUUGUUUUGAACCUGUGGAAGAAUAAUGAAAAUACAUUUUUGUAAGGACUUAAUGCGUUUUGGACAUCUCCUAUGAACCUCUGGUGAACUGCAGAUUUAAUGAAGAAGCACUUCGGUCACCCGUGAAAACAGGAUGAUUUCAUAUGUAGAGUGUCUAGGUGGUGAAGGGCCAGGGCCUGGUGUCGCAUCGCAGUGCUGGAACACAGGUCCAGAUGAAGAAAGAGACGAGCUUCUUCCACGCAGGAUGGCCCCUCUACAGCCCAAAACAGAAGGCAGCCUGCGCCGCCGACUACUCACAGCAAAGAUCUACCAGCAACACCAUGCUUGGCUGAAUGCAGGUGGCGCUGCUGGCAUGCCAGGGCCGCCCCUGGAUGACAAAAAGACACCCCCGUGGUAUCGCCCCCAGCACCUUCCACCGCGCCCCCACAUCCAUCCUUACCUGGCUCCGGAGGCUCAUGGGAAACUAAUACUCACUCCUGAGACACAUGGGAAACUAUUCCUCACUCAGGAACUUCCUGGGAAAUCGCAUGAGCAUUCCCUGCGGCCGGAGCGCUCUGCAUGGGUGAGGCUGGGACAGGCCAGUUCAUGUCCCCCUACUCCAGAGUCUCUCCCCAGCUAUGGCCUGCCAGUCCCGUCCCCUCACAGUGUACAGCCCCCGUUGAAGCCAAAGGCGCCACCACAUUACCAUGACCGGCCCAGGAGGAGACGCUGGUCCAGAUUCUUCAGUUUUAGACUCAGGAGGAGGAGGAGGAGGUCUGAGGCCACACAGACCACGCCGCUCUUAAAUAGAGGGGAUGAAAACACUAAGUGGUCUGUUCACUUCACUACCCAAAAGCACCAACAGGGCCUAAUCUUCGUCCCUGGAAAACAACGAUCAGGGACUGCUGAAGAUUUGCAAGAAAGUCACGGGCUGACUCAGCAUGUACCUACUAGCUCCCACUGCCAUGACCCAAGCACCGCAUCCUCCCUGUCCUCCUCCGGACUCCACCAAUCAGAAAGCAGGUCGUGCAGCGGGUGGAAGAAAAAAACGAAGUCCAGAAUCUUGGACUUCUUUUCUCAGUCUUGCUUUUCAGCUUGUUUUCACCUUUCAUUUUGGAGGAGAAAGCCAUCAACCUCCUCCGAUGAAGACGAGACGGUCAUUUUGAGCAAUAGACCUCUGACCCCUCUGGUUUUGAACCCUCUCCACCUCACUUCCAGUUUGAAUGUUUCGGCUCCUUUUUACCAACCAACAGUCAAUGUGGAGAUAGAGCCGAGCUCCCGUCUUCCAACACCAGAGGAAAAAAUGAGGCAGCUCUCGGGGGCAGUUGGAGCUGACAUAGUGCCCAUCAACAUCACAGGUGAGAGUUUUGAUCGUCAGGCCAGUUUUCGGAAAAGGCUUUCAAGUGCAGACUUGUCAUCUAGACGACCCCAUAACUUCGGCCGCCAGACAACACUUACUGGGAAACCUGAUGUCAAACAGAAACUGGAUUUACCUUUGAUCCUGCCUGGUCAGUUGUCCGUCGUGGAUGGACCUGUUUCCUCUUGUACGUCCAACCAACAACAGGAAACUAGAGACAAAAAGUUGGAAAAAAGCUGCUCUCUGCAUGUUGAUCCUUCCUCCUACUGCUGCACAGUCCAAAGCCUCUCUUCUUUAGCAACCAACUCCCAUCUAGUCUCAGAGUCCAGCUGUACUACCACCCCUUACAGGACAUCCAGCGCCUCUUCAUCCUGCUCCCAAGCACAAGUUCUACAAGGGUUCCUGAGCGACCUAAUGCCCCUAGUGCCCUUUGGCCCUAAAGCCAAAGUAAUUUCUGAGUCCUCCUGUGAAUCUGAGUGGUCUUACCCCAGUGAUAAGCCACCAAAUGUGGCUGCCCAAUGUCACAGCUCAACCUCUUCCUCCCAGUACUUAUCGUCUUCCUCCAUUGCAGACUCAGAGUCUCAGUUUAGCUACCAGGCUCUGCAUGAUCAGAUCCAGCACAGCAACCAAUUGUCCUGUGAUGGUAGUUCCUUCAGCGAUGACAGCUGGAGUUACCAGCCCCUAUCACCCAGCUCCAGUCACCACAGCAGCCAGACGGGAGGUGAUUGGAGUAGUAUAAACCAGGAAACAAAAUGUGUUUCUGGUGAAGGCUGGAACUGUGAUCCUCUGCUCUCCUCUGGCCGCUCAUCCCCAGCUUUCUCUGAGUGUAACUCCUUGUGUUCAGAGAACAUUCCUUCUUCUUUCUUGUUAAACCAGAAGACAAAGAAGUUCAGUACUUCAUCUUACUCCCACACCAUCAUUCGUAGCAUCUCCCUAAGAAAGUCCAAGCAUCCGCCUCUUCCACCAUUGCGCUGUGACUCUUUAAGACGCCCGCCAGGUCGUACUAAACCUUCCCAUUCUUCCUCCAGUCCGCGCCUCAAUAACAGCCUCUGCCUUGAACUAGCCAUGCAGCAGACCCUGAACUCUGCCCAGACCUUUGAUGAUCCCUGGGUUCCCCGGGAAACAAACAAGACACUUCAGACUCAGCUUAAUUGUAGGACAGUUACAACAUUUGAACCCUUAUAUCCAGACUGUGAUGUGGCAACCUCUGCUGCCUCGCCCAUUUCUGAACACCUCCCACAAAGCGCCAGCAAUGCCAAUGUCAUCCCUCCUGGUUCUCCAGGAUCAGAGGAAGAGACCCGAAAGUUUAUUCUGAACUCUCACUCAGUUAAGUCUUCUGUUGUUGGGCUCCAUCGCCUUGUUUCACCCUCCAGUGGUUACUCUAGCCAAUCUAACACUCCCUUGUCUUCUCCCCUUGCCCCCUCCUCACCUCUUACACCAAGCUCUGGAGCAUGUCCUCUGACCUCCCCUUUCUCUUCUUUACACUCAUCCUCCAACCCCCUAUCGUCUCCUAUUUCCAACCUGUCCAAGAUGAGAGCUCAAGGUGACGGAAGGCCAAAGCCACCAGUGCCAGAGAGAAAGUCAUCACUCUUUUCCUACUCCACCUCUUCCCUUUCCUCCUGCACCUCAUCAGAACAUCCUGUUCCUCCACCACCACCCCCUCCUUUGCCAUCCUCUCCUGCUUCUUCUGUACUCUACUCCCCCACUUUUGAGUUUGCUCCUGUCUCCCAUUUGUGCUUGCCUGCAGAGUCUUCAGUCUCCAAACUCUCUGGUACUCCCACUUCUUUAUCCUCUCCUCUUCCUCCUCAAUCUCCUCCUCAUCCACCACCUCCACCUCCUCUUCCAAAUUCAUCCCUCCCCACUCCUCCUCCUUUACCUUCCUCCUUCCACCCCUCUCCUCCACCCUACUCUUACACCAUUAGACAUGCUUUGAAGCCCCCAUUGUCACAAUCACCUGUUUUCUGUUCUACCCCCUUCUCAGAAAUUCCACCAUUGCCAUUAACUGACCUUCUUCCACCACCACCACCAUAUCUUCCUUCUUUGCCUAGCCCUUCCUUAUCCUCUGUUGUUCCUUCACCAAGUCUUUCCAAAUCUUUUAACCCUUGUGUUAGUGUGCCCACAUGCCCCUUAGUCACUGCUCAAGCUUUGCAGGGUGUUAAGCUUCGGUCCAUGAAAAAUCAGAAAGGCCUUCCCACUAGCAUCAUGCUAGCCAAUGGUACAUUGGCUGCUGAUUGUCCACUCCGCAGCCAAGCUUUUCCUUUGCAUGCUGAUACUUGUCAUUAUCUCCCAAGAAAAGAAGAUCAACCAAACUGUUCUGUGUUUGGUAAUACAAAUGAUGAAGACCUGGCCCACCCUGAAGAUAAACCAGCUAGAGUAGGACUACAAAAUGUUUUCUGUAAUCUUGGUAGGAAUGAAACUUUAAUGUCUAGUGGUUUAAGUGGUGAUAGCAACCAUGCAACAUGGUACACACCCAGAUCAGAUCAAGAAUACUACAACCUAACAAAAUGUGAGGGGAGAAAAUCCUGCGCAGAGUCAGUUUGUAUCUGUCCUCAGAGCCUACCAAUUAUUGUUUCAAGCCCAGUUACUCAAAGAAAAUCUGAUUGUCAGAUUAUUCAGUCCAGGGAACAGCACACCUCCCAUCCUGAUAGUACUUGGAUUGAAUUGCUUAUGGGUAAUGAUCAACACCAAAUUGACACAGUUAUUCAAGAAACUAAUUCACAUGAACAACAAAUCUCAGAUAAUACUUUAACAAAUGCUAAGCUAACGAAACCCAUAGACAAGUAUGGGAACACUGAGAAUGACUCCUUGUACUGGAAUGAAGUGCCUCAAAAACAUGGCAGAGUCACACUGUUAGAGAGCGAAGAUAAAGUAAAUUCAAAUGACAAGAAUCGUUUAGAAAUGCAAACUCAAACUGCAGCUGAUAGGCCUGUGGCCUACAGUGAUACAGCACAGAGUGACAGGGUAUUUAAGUCUGAGGCCAACAUGUUGCAAAAGCAAAAGCCCGAUCUUCGAUUGACCUCACCCACAAACAAGGAGCCACUUUUUCCAUCCAAAAAUGCAAAGGAAGUCCACAGCGGCACAUCUGGUACCUGCGGCACUUUGGAGAUCACUAGAAUGUCACAUAACCAGAAUGCCACAGCCACAAGUACCACUGGGAUAGUGAGAACCUCAGACUCCAAAAACACUGGAAUCAUCAGUACUCUCAAGAACUGGCAUAGUGCAGAAGGUUUUUGCACAAUGGAGAGAAGCAAUGUAAGUUCAAUGGACUACAAGACUUUGAUGUGUCUUCCCUCAGGAAAUAUGAACUGGACUACUAUUGGGGUGACAAGUUCCUUGGAGAACUAUGGUAACUCUGAAACACUGCAAACCUUAGAGGAGCAUGGAAUCACUUCUGCCCAAACAGAUGGCACUCAAUAUGGGCCAACAGAGCUCUGUACAGUUUAUAAAGACAAAUUAGCAUUUUACAAUAGGAUUGUAAAAUCAUCAUUUGCCAAAUAUGAAGAAGACGGAGAUGAGGAAGAUGAGAAGGUAGAAGAAAGAACUACAAAAAUGUCCUCCACAAAGUUCCAAAAAAGUGACAAAGCAAGGAAGAGGAGGAGGAGGCGGACAUGCAGGCAACUGAUGAUGAUGCAAUCAACAACAAAGCCUUCUCCCUCUUCAUCAUCGUCAUCAUCAUCAGCCUCAUCAUCAUCCUCAUCUGGAGAUGAACUAGAUGUGGACAAAGAGAAAACAAUUCUUACAAGUGAGAGAAUGAGGAUGACAAACAAAGUGUGUGAUGAGGAGACUAGUACCUCUGACAGCUGCUGCGCUCAAAGCAGAUGCUCCCUCAGCAGUGAAUUAUCCUCUGAAAGCCUGUGUGGGGAGUUUCCAUUUCCAGACCUUCUCAUACAGGAAACAGGGGAGAAAGAGGAGAACCAGAUUAGCAACAAAGAAGCACAGAGGACAGCAAAGGAACCCAGAGGACUACCUGGAGAUUUGUUCAUUAGCGUUUCAGCAGAUCAGAUGUUCAUGUCAAGUCAAUCGAGAAGCACAGAGGAUCUGUUUGCUGUCAUUCACAGAUCCAAAAGAAAGAUGCUGGAAAGAAGGAGUUCGGAAGAAACCAGACGUUACACCAAAUCUCCCUCUGCAGAACCUGGUCCAAGCUCAACACGACUGGUAGCCUUCAAAACAUCAAAGUCAUCAAGCACCGAAAGCUUCAAGGCUCUGUUGCUUAGGAAGGGUAGUCGGCCCAAUCCAGGUACUGGAACUUCAGCUGUGGAGCGGCUUUGCAAAGUCAUCUCCCCCACUAACAACCUUCAGAGUGUGUUGAACCAGACACCAUUCAAACCUACAAGCUCGUUCCACACCUUGACAGGACAUGAUGAUGCCGCCCGCCUGACUCCCGACGUGUCAGCGUUCAGUCAGCAGGUCUCCACCAUACACCUCUUCUUCCCUUCCUCCAUGCGUCUCCGCUCCCUCACUCCUCCCUGCUCCUCCAGGUCACGCUUUGCUGCUCACUACCGGCCCGUUGCUGCCCCCAUGACUGCCAUUUCUGAAGGGGUAUGUGAGGAAGACAAUGAGUAGGAGGACGAUGAAAUUUGAAUGAGAACCAAGUCAGGGGUUAGUUGCAAUAUACUGAAGUUCAAAUUUGUCAAAGCAGCUGCAGCUUGGACUUAGCUGUAAGUAGCAGGACAGUAGUUGUGGGGUAUUUGUUGAUUCAAAUGUCAGUCAUAUGACUAAAACCUGAUCACGACAAAGUCUGGGUCUCUACGAACCCUAAAGGGCUUAGAAUGGAACCAUGAGUGUGUUUGAACUGGACUGGACCUGAAGCACUCCUCUAACCUUACUCAUCUACAUUAGCAAGAAGCUACAGUGGCCUAAAAAAGACAGACAUUAAAAAAUUCAGAGAAAGUAGGCUAAUGUCAGUAAAACGUCAAUGCCUCAAAUGAAUGUACAUAGAUCUUCUAUUUAUUGGAUGCUCAUUUGUACAGUUAUGCUUUAAUAGGACAAAUGUAACGGCUGUAGCUUCUUCAGCUAGAGGGUGAUUUGUGGUUUUCAGUGUGAGAUUCUUGAGACCUGACUUGAGAUUAAUAAUAAUUAACCAAUAAUAAUUGUAAUUUUACAAACAAACAAUAAUAUUAAUAAUAAGAAAGUAGUUAUAUUGCAUUUUUGAUUUUUGUAAUUUAUAUACAGUACUUGUAUAGUGUAUUAAAAUAUAUAACAUUUCACAUCAUUUCAAAAUGAUUGACAAACACCAUUUUGUAAACACAAGAAAUCAUUUUUUCUUCUUUUUGAACUGAUUGUGAUUAGAGAGAAACUUUGUUUCACUGUUCAACACUAGCACCACUGGACUUUUCUGAUUCUACCUAGAACAACUAGGGCUGGAAGUUAGACCGUGCUGUGGCUUACAUCCAAAAUCAUCUGUAAAUGGCUGCUUUUGUUACACAAACUGGGUCGUUACUGAUUCAGCACAGGGGGGAGGCACACUGAACCUGUGCCUCACUCUGCCAUCUUAUGGAGAGAUCCACAUUCUUUUAUACAACAAAUUUAUUCAUAAAAAUAGUACCAAAAACAUUUAAACAUAUGCAAAGAAUAAAAGGCAUGUGACAGUUUCUUAAGGUUUUCUUGAUUUCUCGUAAAAAUCAAAUGAAACACUUUCAGGUCCCCCUUUCUCUCACUGACCCUCAUGUUUUAUUUGUAAAAGUUAUAGUACUGUAUGUGUUACAGGGAAAUACAACUGAAAUACAAUAAAACUCUUUUUAUUUUUAUUUUUGAAGCAGUAGCACAUAUUGUAUUACGACUAGUAGUAGACAAAAAAGUUUUUUACACAUAGUCAGAACUGUGUUUUUGUGCCACAUGUCUUUUAUUAUUUAAAUAUAUUUCCUACUAAUCACAUUUAUUACACAUUAGAUUUAUAUGACAGUACUUACCUACAAAUUCAGUGUUAUUAAUUAAUGAUGAUUUUUAAGAAAUUUAAAUAUUUAUGCCAAACUAAUCACAAAGUUAUGAUUCAGGCUCAAAGUUUGCUGCUGUAUCUUUGUUCGCUUUUUUUUAUGGGGGAAAAAUUACCUUUUCACUCAGAGAUUUUGGUUGUAGCUCGGUGACAUAGCGGCCACUGCUUGAAGACGCACCUAGAGUAGAAGUGAUAAUUGUAGUAACUAUGUCACAAAGUUUCAAAAAAUAAGUUAAAGAGAAUUGUCCCAUGGACUAGAUUUCAGGGUUCCCAUCAAUUACUCUGACAGCAGAUAGUAAAGAAACAUAAGCGAUGGGACAUAAUUGCUCUCUUUGUGAAUGUAAUACUUAGAUUGAUUGUAUUAACCAUCAAAUGUAUCAAACUUAACUGGAAGCCAACUUCAUGGAGCAAAGCACAGCAAGGAAAAAGUGACAUAGAUAUGAUGAAUGGAAACUGAUUGAGUGGGCUGGUAAAUAAAAAUAAUCAGUGUAAAUGUGAAUGAGAUUCAAUAAAGGAUUCGAUGAA